GCAAAGAGCACCAAUUCAGAGAUUAUGGAUUUCGCGUCAAGUCUGGCUUUGCUACUUGCUUGCGUGGCCGUACUGGCUGAAUCACGAUAUUUCGAUCUUGAGAAUACACCAAACGCACACUUACGGAAGCAUAGCGCUCAGAUCAAUCACCAAACGAAAAGGGCGAAGAUCAUCGAAACAGAGUAUGUCGGAAUCGACCAGCAUGGCCAAGCUUACGUGAACUGCACGUACAACAUGGACGGCAUCGUCGGUGUGCGGAAGUGCUCGAUGCCGGCGUCGGACGCCGCUUUUGACAUGGGACUCGCCUGCUUCGCCUUGUGGAACGCUGAGGGCGAAAUGAUCGCUCAGGAUUGUUGGAUACAUCAAGAGUUAUCGUUGGAACAAUGCCAAAAGAAGAGGUGUUCACAUGCGACCGGUUACGGAAGUGUGAAUUUCUGCUGUUGCUUCGGACACGAAUGUAAUGGGAAGCUCGAGCUGGAUCUGUAAGAAUGCAAAGCGUUCACUAGGCGAGAUUUGACCGUUUCGUGGAGUUUGAGUUUCGCCUUGCCGACGUCUGAGAAUCUCCUCGAAAUCACUUCAAACAUCAUAUAUUGGUAGCGCAGAAACCGGUCCGGUGCUUACCAUCUGACCAGGAUGUGUGUCCUUUAUUUUACUUCUACACUUUUUCCAUCAUUUAUUCCCUUUUCCAAGGCACUUCGAUACUCUUUCGUUUGAUCUCUGUCCAUUUACGUACGGCUGUCAUCGACCAAACACUAUUAUGAUCUUAUUUAUUGAGUGCUCAGGAAAUCUUCUAUCGAAAGAGUUUCUGCUAUCCGUCUAGAACUUCUUAUUCUUUCACAAUAUGUAUACGCCGAGUCAGCUACAAUACUGGUCUCAACAUGUAAUCUUUUAUUGUCUCUGUGAUCUUAUUUCGCGUUAUUUGUUCA